AUGAACGCUGCUGGGAAGCGGCUGUCCCCCUCUGAGGUCUCCCAGGAGAAGGGGACCCAAGAUGACCUGUGGGAGGCCCCUAGUCCCUCCGGCUCCGUAUCCUGCUGCCCGGAGCUGAAGCCGCCCCCUGACUGCCCUCCCAUCCGGGACUACGUGACCCUCAACGUCACCAGCAGCAGCUUUUGGGUGUCUUGGAGUUUAAAUUCUACCCGGCACCGCAUGUUCCUCGUGCGGGUUUACAAGGAGGGGGAGCUCCUCCAGAGCGCCAGGACCACGGGGAGGACCCUGCAGGUGGCCGGGCUGGAGGCCGGAGAGCUGUAUGCAGUGAAGACCAGCUACCAGGCAUGCGGGGUCAACGUCACUGCCACGUUGACCGUCAGAACAGACGCCCGCGAAUUCGAAGUCACUGUCAGGGUCCUGAACCGCAAUGCGACAGAAGAGCUGCUCAACCACAGCGGCCCCGAGUACCGGGACUUUUCUCGACAGCUGCUCGGAGAGGUUGCAAACUCCUUCCCGCCCGCGGUGUCCGACCUGUACAGGAGAGGGAAGCUGAGGAUGCGGAUCGUCUCUCUCCAGGCCGGAAGCGUGCUGGUGACGCUCAGGCUGACGGUUCAGGACCCUGAGUUCCCAGUGGGACUCUCCACGCUGGCCCCCAUGCUCCCGCCUCUGCUGGCCAGCACGCUGUUCCAGAUCGACCCACGGGAGGCACGCGUGCAAGAUUGGGACGAGUGUGCAGACAGCCUGCGGCACGACUGCUCCCCCGCUGCCCAGUGCAUCAACCUCGAGGGCUCCUACACCUGUCGGUGCCGGACGGCCAGGGACGCCAACCCGUCCCGUGCGGGCCGGGCCUGUGAGGGUGACGUGGUGAACCCCACGGGAGGUGUCCUGGCUCCGGCAACAGGUGUAACAGCCCCAGAGCUCGGCACAGAAACAACAGCCCUUGGCCGGGAGACUCCCGCCUUGUGGCCCAGCCCUGGGUACCCCUGGGGCAUCCCUGCAGCAGGCCAGGCCCAGACCCCAGGACCCCCACCCAGGAGAGGGGGCAGCGGUGUGGUCAAGCAGGACAGAAACAGCACAGGGCAAGGUGUGGAGGAGGAGAUGCCCAGCAUGGCUCCAGGCUCGGUGACCAGCCAGUGGACGGCCAGCAGGGCUCCCGGGACAACCCCUGGCUCCCCUCCUGGGACCAUGAAGGGCUUGCUGGACACCACUGGAUGGUUGUCAAGAAACUCCACCACGGAACCGUCCUUCUGGCUCACUCCUACCGAGGGCCCCACAGACCACAUCGAGUGGCACACCAGUCUGCCCACUUGGAAUACACCACCAGCACUUCUGGACCACACGGGACCACAGCAUUUGGACCCUGGGCCAUCCAGCUCCCCAGACCUACCCUCAGCCCCCACCCCUGAGUCUCUGAAGCUUCCGGCCUGUGUUCCCGUCCCCAUCAAAAGGGUCACCAUCUCCAAUGUGACCAGCACCAGCUUCCACGUGGCGUGGGCGGCGGAUCUUGCCCUGCACCCCACCUUCCAGCUCACCGUGCUCCCUACACGGAGCCCCGCGGUGCACCUGGAGACCCGGGAAGCGAGCCUGACGCUGUCGGGACUGGAGCCUGGCGUCCUGCACCUGGUCGAGAUAGCGGCCGAAGCCUGUGGGAAAGGAAGUGCCAGGGCCCGCCUGAAAGUGAGGACAGCGGCCCAGAAACUCAGAGGCCAAGUCAGAAUAGCAGACGUCAGCUACGUGGAGUCCUUCCGCAACCCAAGCAGCAAGGAGUAUCGGGACUUCCAGGAGCGAUUCUUUAGGAUGGUGCGGGCUUCCUUGCCAGCCGCCGUGCUCCGGCUCGUGGACACCGGCGGGGUCCAGAUGGAGGUGACCCGCAUCGCCGACGGCAGCGUUGUGGUGGAGUUUAACCUGCUGAUCACCGCAGACGUGGAUGUCCGCGAGGUGUCCGCCGCGUUCCUCGUGGCCUUUCAGAACGCGUCUCUGCUGGAGGUGGUCGGAGGGGAUACCUUCAUACAGGAUUACGACGAGUGUGAGAACCAGGAGCACGACUGUGAGCCGGGCGCGUCCUGUCGCAACACUCUGGGCUCCUUCACCUGCAGCUGCGCGGGCGGCACCCCCCGCUUCCCUGUGGAAUAUUCUGGAAGACCCUGUGAAGGUGAGACUCCCAUAAUCCCUUUUCCGAGAUACUGUCGGGUGAUCCGUUCUCUUUUUUUUUUUUAA